AUGGAUUCAUUUAGUCCACAGAUAGGAAAUUCUGCCGAUAGUUUUUUUCAAACUGAUGCUGAACUCGCUAUCCAAGAACGUCGAGCAACUAAACAAAAUAAUAAAGCUGGUGAUCCAAUUACUUGUACAUCCAAAGUUUUAUGCAUGGUUUUACCUAAUAAUAAUGAUUACGGUUAUAUUGGAGAAUCGGGAUUUAUCGCAAAAAAGAUAAAUUUGUCGACUGGUAAAAGUGCAAAAAUUUAUAAAGGUCAUAAUGGGCCAGUAACUUGUAUUGGAUUAUGGUAUAAUGGUGGGGAAGAAUAUCUUAUUACUGGAUCAUGGGAUAAAACAAUUAGAAAAUUUAAUACAAAGAACAGUGAAUCUAUUCAUACAUUCAUUUCACACACAGAUUUUGUGAAAUCUUUAAUUAUUUCCCAUAUUCAUAUUAUUCUUUUCUCAGGUUCUUCUGAUAAAACCAUCAAAUCUUGGAAUCUCUUAACUGGUGAAUCAUUAAAAGUAUUUAGAGGACAUACUCGAGGAAUUGAAGAUUUAGCUUUUGAUGAAGGAGAAAACUUUUUAUAUUCUGCAUCUUCAGAUAAUUUUGUAAGGAAAUGGAAUCCCUUAACAGCUGAAUGUUUACAAAUAUUUAAAGAUCAUUUGACUAGCAUUUAUUGUUUAAAAAUUAUUGAUGAAGAAAUGUGGACAGCUUCAGCUGAUACGACUGUGAAAAGAUGGGAUUUAUCAACUGGAAAACCAGAUACCACUUUUAAACAUCCAGAUUUCGUCAAGUGUAUUUCACUUUUUGGUCCAUAUGUUAUUACCGGCUCACGCGAUGAGAUAAUUAGAGUUUUUGAUAUUGGGAGUGAAAAAUUGAUAAAUGCAAUUGAGGGUCACUUUGAUGAAAUAGGAUGUAUGUGUAUUAAAGGAACCACUUUAUACACCGGAUCUUUAGAUUGUACAAUAAGAAAAUGGUCUCUUCAUGAUAUAACAAAAGAAACAAAAGAUAAAAAAACUGAAAUUCAAAAGAUUAAAAUUGAACCAGUUUUAACAAAAGAAGUUACUGGUAUAUUACUUACUGAAGAAGAAGAGAAAGAACUUGCAGAAUUAAUGGAAAGUGAUGAAUAA